AUGAUCUUCUCUCGGACUACUGCUACUGCGCUUUAUGCGCUGAGUGUGUUGGUACACGCCCAGUCACAAUAUACUGCUACUGGCACGGCCGCCGUAGCCGAGGCCGCUGCUACUGCGCUGACUCUAUCCCCUACAUCGAGUGUCGCCGGCUUAACUUUCGAUCGCUUUGUUCAGAUCUGGCUAGAGAACGAGGAUUACAGUGCGGCUAUAAAAGACAAAAACCUCGCCUAUCUGGCGUCUCUAGGCAUCACGCUCACAAACUAUUUUGCGAUCACCCAUCCCUCUCAGCCGAAUUAUGUCGCCGCUGUUGGUGGGAACACCUUUGGGAUCACCGACGACAGUACACACUAUAUCUCUUCGAGUACGAAGACAAUCGUCGAUCUCCUAGAAGACGCCGGUGUCAGCUGGAGUUUGUACCAGGAGGAUAUGCCUUAUUCUGGCUUCGAGGCGAAUUACCGUAACCAGCAAACCGGCGCAAAUGACUACGUGCGCAAGCACAAUCCGCUCAUGAGCUACAACUCAGUUACUUCCAACACUGACCGUCUUGCUAAGUCGAAGAACUUCACCAUGUUCUAUGAGGAUCUGGACAACAACAAACUGCCUCAAUGGAUGUUCAUCACUCCCAACAUGACUGGAACUUGGUCUCGGAACUUUUUGACUCCUCUACUGUCAAACAAGAGCUUCAACACCGAUCGCACAUUGAUCAUCCUUACAUUUGACGAAGGUUUGACCAUAGGGACGAACCAGAUCUAUGCUGUCCUGUUGGGUGGCGCGGUAUCAAGCGCAAAGGUUGGUACUAAGGAUAACACUGCAUAUAAUCACUAUAGUCUGUUGAAGACGGUGGAGACCAAUUGGGGCUUAGGGAACCUCGGACAAAACGACGUGGAUGCCACUGCGUUCUACUAG